AUGGCCGGGAACAGCCUGGUGCUGCCCAUCGUGCUGUGGGGCCGCCGAGCGCCCACGCACUGCAUCUCCUCCCUGCUGCUCAUGGAGGACGCCUCCAUGAUCGUCACGGGCUGCCACGACGGGCAGAUCUGUCUCUGGGACCUGUCUCUGGAUUUAGAGGUUAAUCCUAGAGCCCUGCUGUUUGGCCACACAGCCUCAAUUACUUGUUUAUCCAAGGCCUCUGCCUCCAGCGAAAAGCAGUACAUAGUGAGCGCGUCGGAGAGCGGGGAGAUGUGUCUGUGGGAUGUGAAUGAUGGGAGAUGCAUAGAGUUUACAAAACUUGCCUGUACACACACUGGCAUACAGUUCUAUCAGUUUACAGUUGGAACUCAGCGUGAAGGGAGGCUACUGUGCCAUGGGCAUUACCCAGAAAUUCUUGUUGUGGAUGCCACUAGCCUUGAAGUUCUUUAUUCUCUGUUAUCGAAGAUAUCUCCUGACUGGAUCAGCUCCAUGACUAUCAUUCGAUCCAACAGAACACAAGAGGAUACUGUGGUAGCGGUUUCGGUGACUGGCAUCCUCAAAGUAUGGAUAAUAACCUCUGAAGUUAGUCGGCUGCAGGAUACGACGCCGGUGUUUGAGGAGGAGUCAAAGCCUAUUUAUUGUCAGAACUGUCAAAGCGUUUCUUUCUGCGCUUUCACCCAGCGGUCGCUGUUGGUCGUGUGCUCCAAGUACUGGAGGGUGUUCGACGCUGGGGAUUAUUCCCUCUUAUGUUCCGUCCCCAGCGAAAACGAUCAGACCUGGACUGGAGGCGACUUUGUGUCAGCCGAUAAAGUGAUCGUGUGGACAGAAGAUGGGCAAAGUUUCAUCUAUAAAUUACCAGCCAGCUGUCUCCCAGCUAGUGAUUCAUUCCGCAGAGAUGUGGGGAAAGCAGUAGAAAAUUUAAUUCCACCUCUAUUGUACAGCGUGUUGGACAGGGCAGAUAAACAGCUACUAAUAUGUCCUCCAGUUACUCGAUUCUUCUGUGGGCUUAGGGAGCUUUCCUACAAGCUGCUGAUCCAAGGAGACUCUUCAGGGAGACUGUGUAUUUGGAGUGUGCCUGACGCUCUGGAGCAGCAAGGCAGUGCGAAAGGACUGCAAACGACGACUUCGAUCUCCCUCCAAGAAGCUUUUGACAAGCUCACUCCUCGCCCCGCUGGCAUUAUAGACCAGCUGAGCUUGAUCCCAAACCUCAACGAACCGCUUAAAGUCACCGCCAGCGUGUACAUCCCGGCGCACGGGCGGCUGGUUUGCGGGCGUGAGGACGGCAGCAUCGUUAUCGUGCCGGCCACGCAAACGGCGAUCGUUCAGCUGCUGCAAGGAGAGCACAUGCUCAGGAGAGGUUGGCCACCUCACCGGACACUCCGAGGCCAUCGCAACAAAAUUACAUGUUUACUGUAUCCUCAUCAGGUUUCUUCUCGUUAUGAUCAAAGGUAUUUGAUCUCAGGUGGUGUGGAUUUCUCGGUCAUCAUAUGGGAUAUAUUUUCUGGAGAGAUGAAACAUAUCUUCUGUGUACAUGGGGGAGAAAUUACCCAGCUCCUAGUGCCACCAGAAAACUGUAGUGCAAGAGUCCAGCACUGUAUCUGCUCUGUUGCCAGUGAUCACUCAGUAGGUCUUCUGAGCCUGCGGGAGAAAAAAUGCAUCAUGCUGGCAUCCCGGCACCUUUUCCCUAUUCAAGUGAUCAAGUGGAGGCCUUCCGAUGACUACCUGGUGGUGGGCUGCUCGGAUGGGUCUGUGUACGUCUGGCAAAUGGAUACUGGGGCGCUGGACAGGUGUGUGAUGGGCAUCACGGCCGUGGAAAUCCUGAACGCGUGCGACGAGGCGGUGCCGGCGACUGCGCCCCGGGGCCACCCCGCCGUGAACCGGAAGCAGGCCAUGACCAGGCGCAGCCUGGCUGCUCUCAAGAACGUGGCGCAUCAGAAGCUCCAGACUCUUGCCACUAACCUCCUCGCUUCCGAAGCCUCCGACAAGGGGAAUCUACCUAAAUAUUCCCAUAACUCCCUGAUGGUUCAGGCUAUCAAGACUAACUUAACCGAUCCAGACAUACACGUGCUCUUCUUCGACGUAGAAGCCCUGAUUAUUCAGCUCCUGACAGAAGAGGCCUCCAGACCCAACACCGCACUCAUCUCUCCGGAGAAUUUGCAGAAAGCCUCUGGCGGUGCUGACAAGGGAGGCUCCUUUCUGACUGGUAAGCGAGCAGCCGUCCUCUUCCAGCAGGUCAAGGAAACGAUCAAAGAGAACAUAAAAGAGCAUCUUCUUGAUGACGAAGAUGAGGACGAAGACUCGAUAAGGCAGAGGAGAGAAGACGGCGACCCGGAAUAUCGCUCUAGCAAAUCUAAACCGUUGACUUUAUUAGAGUAUAAUCUAACCAUGGAUACAGCAAAGCUUUUCAUGUCCUGCCUUCAUGCCUGGGGCCUGAAUGCGGUUCUAGACGAGCUUUGCCUCGAUCGCCUCGGGAUGCUGAAGCCCCACUGCUCGGUGUCCUUCGGCCUCCUGUCUAGAGGAGGCCACAUGUCCCUCAUGCUCCCUGGCUACAACCAGCCCAUGGGCAAACCGUCAUACGACAGCACCGAGUUGGGGAGGAAAAUGUCCAUCACGGAAGGACUUGGGAAGGGGACGUACGGCGUGUCCCGGGCCGUCACCACGCAGCACCUCCUGUCCGUGAUCUCCCUGGCCAACACCCUCAUGAGUAUGACCAACGCCACUUUUAUCGGAGACCACAUGAAGAAAGGUCCCACCAGGCCACCUCGACCAGGCACUCCCGAGAUGUCCAAAGUGAAGGCAGCCCCUUCGAUUUCAAGUCAUGCAGCCCAAGGACAAAUCAAGCAAGUCGCUCCUGCUGUUUCUUCUAGCACUGAAGCUGGUCACUCUGGCUCUGACACUGCUCCUACUUUACAUACCUGUUUCUUAGUCAAUGAAGGGUGGAGCCAGCUGGCCGCCAUGCACUGCGUGAUGCUGCCCGACCUGCUGGGGCUGGACAAGUUCAGACCUCCCCUUCUGGAGAUGCUGGCUCGCAGGUGGCAGGAUCGAUGCUUGGAGGUGAGAGAAGCGGCCCAGGCCCUGCUGCUGGCAGAACUGAGGAGAAUCGAGCAGGCAGGUCGGAAAGAAACCAUUGACGCGUGGGCACCUUAUUUACCCCAGUACAUCGACAGCGUCAUCUCGCCCGGAGUGACCACGGAAGCCAUUCAGACUGGCAGCGCAAGCCCGGACUCGCUGGGAACUGAAGCAAAAGUUCAAGAAGAGGAGCACGAUCUGGUUGACGACGACAUCACAGCAG